CUGUCGACCUUCACGCCUACCGCCAUGAAGGCUCCAUUUUUGGAGCAAUUCGCGGAUGCUUCCUGGGAGCAGCGUUGGAACCCAAGUGCCAAAACGUCCGGUGACGAUGGGCAUGAGGAGAUGAACUACGUGGGUCGUUGGAACGUGGAAGAACCUACCGUGUACAAGGGUAUGGAAGGGGAUGCAGGCUUGGUGUUGAAGGAUGAUGCGCGUCGUCAUGCCAUUUCAUCGGCUUUUAAAAAGUCCUUUGACAACAAAGACGGUACCCUCGUGUUGCAGUAUGAAGUCAAGAUGCAAAAGGGACUCGAGUGCGGUGGUGCCUACCUCAAGCUCCUCACCGUCUCGCCUGAGGGUAUUGCUGCCAAGGAGUUUUCCGGUGAUACACCCUACACCAUCAUGUUUGGUCCAGACAAGUGUGGUGCCACCAACAAAAUUCACUUCAUCUUCAGGCACCUCAACCCCAUCACCAAGAAGUAUGAGGAGAAACACCUCACCUCUCCACCUACCGCCAAAAUCUCAAAACUCUCAACCUUGUACACGCUCAUUGUCAAGCCUGACCAGACGUUUGAUAUCAAAGUCAACAACAAGUCUGUCAAGAAGGGUUCUCUCCUGGAAGACUUCACACCUUCCGUCAACCCCUCCAAGGAGAUUGAUGAUCCAAGUGACAAGAAGCCCGAGACGUGGGUGGAUGAAGCCGAGAUUGAUGAUCCUACAGCCACCAAGCCUGAUGACUGGGAUGAAGACGCACCAGAAGAGAUUGAGGAUGCAGAAGCAGUCAAGCCAGAAGGUUGGCAGGAUGAUGAACCACAAACCGUUGCAGACCCAGAAGCAACGAAACCCGCAGACUGGGAUGAUGAGGAAGAUGGCACGUGGCUCGCACCCACCAUUCAAAACCCCAAGUGCAGUGUUGGUUGUGGUCCAUGGAAGCGUCCUAUGAUCAAGAACCCAGCCUACAAAGGUCCCUGGUCUGCUCCAAAGAUUGAUAACCCAGCCUACAAGGGUGAAUGGAGUCCUGCCAAGAUCCCCAACCCCGACUACUAUGAAGACUUGACACCGGCCAACUUUGAGCCCAUGUCGGGUAUUGGCUUUGAGUUGUGGACGAUGCAGGGUGAUAUCUUGUUUGACAACAUCCUCCUCACCCAUGAUGAAUCACAAGCACAAGAACUCUCAAAGGACUGGCAAGUCAAGUUCAAGGCUGAGGAAGCUCAAGAUAAUGCCGCUAAUGCCGCUGCAUCGGAUGAAGCAAAGGACAAGUUCAAGGAUACCUAUGUGUCGAGCUUCUUGGAGAACCCACUCGGUUACGUCAAGCAGGAGGUGGGUCGUUUCAUUCAGCUGGUUCAAGUGGAUCCCGUGUAUGCCGUCAAGGAAUUACCUCAAAUUGCAGGUGGUUUGAUUGCUGCGCUUGUGACGCUCCUUGCAUUGCUCGGUUCGUUGGUGGGUGUGUUGGGUGCUGGUGCACCAGCCGUGAAGAAGGCCGGUAAGAAGGCUGAGACCAAGGCUGUGACAUUGAAGGAAAAAGUGGCCUCGGAAGUG